UGUAUUACAGAGUCUAGUAGUGGUGUUUGUGUGCAUCUCUGUGUGUGUGUGUGUCCUGCGCCUGUCUGCCUGAAGCUCCUCAGCCGCUGAUUAGUCUCGUGUCGCUGCAGCUGCGCCUGCACUGAGCGUGCGCGUGACGGCGCUGCGCGUUUGACAGCAGCAGGAGCGCUCGAGGAGAAAGAGAAGCUGCGGUGCGCGCCGACUACACAACACACCAAACGUACAUCAAUCCCAUGAAACCGGACAGGUCGAGGAUUCAUCGCUGCAGUCGUCCCUACGGAUGCUUUUGGUUUGCUCCAGGAAAUGCGUUAACCCCCUUUGUACGGUGACAAAGGGGUGUGUUAAUCUCACCGAGUUAGGAGGCAGGCACAUGGGGGUGGAUGCCAGGCAGAGUCGAGCGAUCGCAUGUGUGUGUGUGUGAGAGAGAGAGAGAGGCAGAUGCCUGUCAGAGCACUCACCGGCCACACACAUGCUAUACGAGGUUCAGAGAAUGGUUAGAGAGAUACACACUUGAUACACACACCGUGACCAGGAAAGGACUGCUGUUGACUCAGUAUCAAGUGUCCACACCAUUCUGAGCUGCUGACGUCUGGUUGGAACUAGAGGAUCUGCUCUUUCUUACAGUCUGAACGGACUCGCUGGCUAGUCUUGGAUGCCCCUGUACUGCAUGUUUGAAUGGUCACAUUGAGUGCGAAUCACAAGGCCCAGUUGCUUUGACCUGGAGGGGAAGGAUUUUCAUGUAACGCACCCUGCCAUGGACAGGAAGAGGAGUUGCACGCUCUGUGAAGGAGCUGUGAUGCUGCUGCUGCUGGGUCACAUGACCACUGGAUUAGAAGUGCCUCUAGAUCCUAAAGUUCUGGAGGGAUUGCCUCAGCCUCCCACAAUAACUCAUCAGUCCCCCAAGGAUUACAUCAUCGACCCUCGGGAGAACAUCAUUAUCCACUGCGAAGCAAAAGGAAAGCCUCAUCCCAGCUUUUCAUGGACACGUAACGGCACUCAUUUUGAUGUGGAAAAGGAUUCGAAAGUUAUUAUGAAGCCCAAUUCAGGCACUCUGGUCAUUGACAUCAGCGGAGAGAAGGCAGAGGCGUACGAGGGCGUGUAUCAGUGCAUUGCCCGCAAUGAGCAUGGCUCUGCCUUGUCCAGUAACAUCGUCAUUCGUCAGUCAAGGUCCCCCUUGUGGUCAAAAGAGAAAAAUGAACCAAUCACGGUGCAGAGGGGAAUGUCUCUAGUACUGCAGUGCAGACCCCCGGCUGGCCUGCCUCCUCCAAUCAUCUUCUGGAUGGAUAACAAUUUCCAGAGACUUCCUCAAAACAGUCGUGUGUCCCAGGCUUUAAACGGAGACCUGUAUUUCUCCAAUGUGCUCAUGGAAGACAACAGAAGCGACUACAUCUGCUAUGCCCGCUUCCCACACACUCAGACUAUCCAACAGAAACAGCCAAUCACUGUCAACGUGCUGGACAUCGAAGCUAUGAAUGACACUGUGUUGGCAGCUUUUUUGAAUGGCUCAGAUUUUUGGGGUGACAGUCCAUCUGGGGAGAGAGCGCCCACUUUCAUGCACCCAACAGGAACGCACAGUACCACCAUGGUCCUGAAAGGAGACACGCUGGAGCUGGAAUGCAUCGCCGAUGGCCUUCCAACGCCAGAUAUUUCCUGGACUAAGGUGGUCGGGGAGCUGCCAAGUGGCCGUUUCUCAUUUCACAAUUUCCAGAAAACUCUGAAGAUAACAGAGGUGACAGAAGAGGAUGGGGGAGAUUAUCGCUGUUUAGCCAAGAAUCGGCUGGGGAACAACCAUCACACCAUCACUGUAGCGGUCAGAGCGGCUCCUUUUUGGAUCAGUGCCCCUCAGAACCUCAUCCUGGCCCCGAAAGAAACCGGAAUGCUCACCUGCCGGGUGGGUGGCAACCCUACGCCCAAAGUCACAUGGUCUGUCAACGGAAUUCCCAUUGAAAACUCACAUAAGGACCCCAGUCGGAAAAUCGAAGAUGGCGUCAUCAUCCUCAGUGAUGUUCAGACAGGCUCAAGUGCUGUUUACCAGUGCAACGCCUCCAAUGAGUACGGUUACCUGCUGGCCAAUGCCUUUGUCAGUGUCCUGGCCGAACCUCCAAGGGUGCUGACUCCUCCAAAUCAUGUGUACUCAGUCAUCACUAACCGUAGGGCUCUAUUAGACUGUGCUUCAUUUGGCUCGCCCCUCCCAAAGAUCACAUGGUUUAAAGACAGUCAGAGCAUACUGGAUGGCGACUCGUACAUCAUUCAUAAAAACGGUACCUUAGAGAUCAGUGUGGCUCAGUCACUAAACAGUGGCAAAUACACCUGCAUGGCCUCAAACAAUCUUGGAAACAAAGAGAAUCACGUUUACCUGGAAGUGAAAGAGCCUACACGGAUCCUCACACAGCCUGGGUAUAAUGUGGUCCACAGAAACAGCAUGGCUGUGUUUGAGUGUAAGGUCAAACACGACCCCACUCUCUUCCCCUCUAUGAUAUGGCUCAAAGACAACGGAGAGCUUCCUGAUGAUCCUCGAUUUGAGUUGGGCCCUGAUAGUCUGACUAUACGUGACGUGACAGAGGAUGAUGAGGGCACAUACACCUGCAUCAGAAACACCACCCUGGACCACGAUUCAGCCAGCGCCACCCUCAGAGUUGUCGAGGCCACACCAACACCACCUAUAGUACUGGAGAAACCGGACCCGCCCACAGACCUGGAGCUGACAGACCAGCGAGAGCGCAGUGUUCGGCUUACAUGGACCCCUGGCGAUGAAAACAAUAGCCCUAUUAAUUUGUUCCUGAUCCAAUAUGAAGAUUCACUCCACGAGCCUGGAGUAUGGCACAAUAUGACCAGCGUCUCAGGAACCAGCACCACAUCCCAACUGGAUCUUUCCCCGUAUGUGUAUUACUCCUUCAGGGUUCUGGCACUUAAUGACGUGGGUCCCAGUGAACCCAGUGCGCCAUCCAGACAGUACCGAACCAACCCUGCACAGCCUGACAUGAAUCCAUCAGACGUUGAAGUCAUUGGAACGUCACCUGACAGUAUGACAAUAACUUGGAGGGAGCUGACUGGGCUGGAAGCGAACGGUCCAGGCCUACAAUACAAGGUUAGCUGGAGAAUGAAAGAUGCGGACCGCUGGACGUCACUCACUCUGGCCAAUGUCUCCCAAUACAUGGUGACAGGAACACCCACUUUUGAACUCUAUGAAGUCACCGUGCAGGCGGUCAAUGACUAUGGACCUGGCCCCAGACCAGAGGUGGUGCUGGGAUAUUCAGGAGAGGACUUACCAACUGUGGCCCCAGAGAACAUAAAAGUUUCAAUUCAGAACGGGACAGUUGCUGAAGUUCGCUGGGAAGCUGUUCCUCUUUCAACAGUCCAGGGUCGACUGAAGGGUUAUAAGGUGAGUUACUGGAAGAUGAGAAGCUUACAUAAGCAAGACUCUGAGCCAGAGAAGCCACAGGUGCUCAUCUUCAGUGGGAACGAGACAGAGGUUCGUCUGCCCGGCCUUCAUCCCUACAGCCAGUACGCCCUCAACAUUAGAGCAUUCAAUGGGAAAGGAGACGGACCCACCAGCUCAGAUCGGCAAUUUGAAACACCAGAGGGAGUUCCCGGGCCUCCUACACAUUUAAAAGUCCGAAAUCUGAACCUGGACUCACUGAUUUUGGAGUGGGCACCACCUCUGGAAGAUAAUGGCCACUUGACAGGAUACUUGCUCAAAUACCAGUCUUUUAAUACAACCGAUGAACUUGGGCCAAUCAAAGAGGUGACUCUACCUGCAAACGAGACCAGCAUCACUCUGGAUAACCUCAAGUACAGCACGCGCUACAAAUUCUAUCUGAAUGCCAUGACUGUCAAGGGCUCUGGCCCCGCCGUCACAGAAGAGGCCGUCACAAUCAUGGAUGAAGCGUUAAUUCGGCAUCCCGCAGUAGAGGCGGGUAAAGGCUCAGCCCCCCCUUCACCACCACCAACCCCCCCUGUCACUCAAUCUUUGCAGCCCCCGUUUCACAAGGCACCACCUGCUGGUCGGAUGUUUGGGAGUGUGAACUCCUCGGUGGAGGAGGACCAUGCUGUGAUAAGCUGGGAAUACUCUUGGCCGGAUAGGAAUGUUUAUGUGGAAUAUGUUGUUGAUAACAGUAAAGAACCCUGGAAAACAGAGUUUGUAAAUGGCACUCGGACAUAUCAGCUUAGAGGACUAAAGCCUGGGAUGUCUUAUAGGGUUCGGGUGGUAGCCAAAGACCACUCAGACGCAACGGUCCACAGUACAGAGGAGCUGUUGAUUACAGUUCCAGCCAUGACCAACAAGCAGGUUGACAUUGCCACGCAGGGCUGGUUUAUCGGGCUGAUGUGUGCCAUUGCUUUACUGAUCCUGGUGCUCCUCAUUGUUUGCUUCAUAAAGAGGAACAAAGGAGGCAAAUAUCCAGUAAAAGAAAAAGAAGAUGCUCAUCAAGACCCAGAGAUCCAGCCCAUGAAAGAGGAUGAUGGGACAUUUGGGGAGUACAGUGACACGGAGGAUCACAAGCCCCUGAAGGGCAGCCGGACCCCAUCCAAUGGCACGGUCAAGAAGGACGACAGUGACGACAGCCUGGUAGAUUACGGCGAGGGAGGAGACGGCCAGUUCAAUGAGGACGGUUCGUUCAUCGGCCAGUACAGUGGGAAGAAGGAAAAAGACACGGCGGAGGGCAACGAAAGUUCGGAGGCUCCUUCCCCAGUCAACGCCAUGAACUCCUUUGUGUAACUGCCUGUAUAUGCCUCGUGACCUUUGACCCAUCCAACGCCCCUCCUCCUCGUCACACCAUCAUACGGAGAACAUUCUCUGUUGCACUGUGACCCCGACAUCACACAACAAAAGAAAUAAAACAAAUGCCCCCUAAUGUAAGACGGUGAGAAAUUAUGCAAAAUGCGAGCAGAGGGCCAGUCCUAGCUUCACCGUGAUUGGUCAGAGCAAACAUCACAGGACAUUACAAGACGUAAUAAGUGUAUUAUCUUAUGGUAUACAUACAUAUAUAUUAAUAUAUGUGUAUAGGAAUAUAUAAAUUGACAUAUAUAAGAAAAUAUUUUAUUAACAUGGCCCUAUUUACUGUCAGAUGGCAUUAUAUCACACCAUCUCGUACCCUGGACACGCAUGGAAUCAGUUAUUGACAUCAUGCCUUCUGCGAAUUAGCGUUAAGGUGUGGUCACAUUUACUGUCGUUCACCGAAUUUUCACAGGCGAAAUCCAGUCAUUUCAAUAGAAAUUCAUUGAGAAUUUUGCGUAAGGGUGAAAGAUAUCCCCACACAUAUUGACAAUAUUCAAUGGACCUUUUUACAUGUGAAAUUUCGCUAAUGUGACCGCACCUUUAACCAGCUUUGUGGAGACAGUGAACCUCGUCUAACUGUAUGAUACUCACUUUUGCUUCACAGCUGAUGCCUGUUACGUUCUGUCGUCAGUGUUAAAAUCGGUAUUAUGCACAUUUCAGGCACCAAUGUCUUUGUGGGCAUUGUUGUGAAGUAUGUAAUACGUGUAAAAGCUGUUCUUAGGCGUCUUUUUGGCAGACAGUUUUGAAUAUACAAAAAAUCACAGAAUUUAAAAACUGGUUAUCAGGGAUGAGGUAGCAUGUUUUUGACACACAAGCACUCUUUUCAGACACGCAGAUGUGGUUUUGUCCUUUUUCAGUUCUUUUGUGGUUCUUUUUGCAUCCUAUAUUUGUUUUAUUUAUUUACGACGAACAUCUUUCAGUGUUUUAUCCCUGCAGAAAAGUCAGUGACCGACUUCAUCCAGGACUGUUUUUGUGAAGGAAUGCCCCCCAGUCAGCCAUGUAGCCACCCUUAGCCCCGCGUUGGGCGCCAAAAUUCACGCCACCCCUGGUGUGGUUUUACAGUAUGGGAUGCAACGAAGGCCCCUCAGCACGGUUCCUUAGUGCCUUGGUAGAAAACAUUAUUCUAUAAUCAUAAAAGAUUCCCUUCUCAUCCCUCUCAGAGUCCUUUUAUAUCAGCACUGCAAGUGAUACUGAAGUCCAGGGCUGACUGAAGACCGCAAGACUUACAAAGAAAUGAUGUCACCUACUCAGCCGCCACAGAAAUCACCUCAAAUUGGGGUGAGGGGCAUCUCAUUCCCCUUGUUGACAGCUAAAAAUACUGCCACUUUAUUGUAAUGAGUGAACUGCUGUUGAUUGGUCAGAUCUGACACAUUGAUGGCAACUCAUAAAGGCAAUGGAAACAUCUGACUGUGGUAUUUGCAGUAGCCUGUCCUUGGAAAAAUCACAACAUACGCAACACCAGUAGGCAGAAAUAUACACAUUCUCACAUGUAACUGUUUUUUAAAUCAUGUUAUUGCAUGUCAUGAAGUAUUACAAGCUGUCGAGUGUAGUGAAAUCAGGGCUUCACUAAACACGGUCGGCAGUGGUGCUGUCGUCAAAUAUGGCUGGAGUAUGUGCGGUUUAUGCAGGCAUGCAUAUACAUGUGUGCGUUUGGAUGUGUGUGCGAGAUGGAUGUGAAUGUGUGUUCGAGUAUAUGUCUGUCCACUGUAUAUAUGGGGCGAGCCUCUUUUUUUUUGGCAAGGCCCUAGAUUUUCAUGAUUUAGCUUGUCAUAACUUGCAUCAAGUUUUUUAGUUUGGAAUUGUCUGCUUUUUAAUGUAUAGAUAUGACAUUUGCUUUGUAAAUAUCCAGCCAAAAUGAUUUUAGACACAUGAAAGGAUGCAGGGAAAAGCUGCUGAGAUAUCCUAUCAGAUAUCCUACCAUGCCCUUGAGCAUGACGUUAAAUCCCAGGAUGCUCUAGGGGGACUGUCCCAGCAAUUUAUGUACUGUAAGUCACUUCGGAUGAAGAAACCCACUUGAAAAGUGACGACAACCCCAUUUCCUGAACCCAAUGAGUCAGAAAAACAGGGAUCAACCGAUGAACGAGUAUACGUACUGUAAGGUAGCGCUGCAGAAAACCGCACAGUGUUCCACCUGAAUUCACACACACGCAUCAGCUCUUAUUCUUUUAAUGGCACUGUUGUUUUCUUUUCUAUUUGGCCAGCUAGUUUAUGACAUUUUUCUGUAGGAAAAGUAAGAGAAGAAAUGGACGCAUCCCCAAAGAAGGAGGCCGGAUUGCACUGCUGUGGGUGCUGAAUCUUUUGAUGUGUUUAUGUCGGAGGGGGCAAAGACGAAUGAAACGUAGUGUGUGAAAUAAUAUUCUGGUUAAUGUUAAAGCUACAUGAAAAUAAAGCAUGAAAGGCUGUGAAAUGGUUUACUCUAUAAUAUAAUCGCAAAAAAAAUAUUUUGUAUAUAAAAGAAUUAAAAUAAAUGUUGGUUUCCGGAUUUCACUACCAUC